GAUUGGUUACGGGAGAGGUGGACCGGGCUGGGCCGAAAUCUUAGGACUUCCGCAAGCCGCGGCGGCGUCUGUUUCAGUGCCUGGGAGUGUGCGGGUGCGGAGAUGCGAAAGGUGGUAUUGAUCACCGGGGCGAGCAGUGGCAUUGGCCUGGCCCUCUGCAAGCGGUUGCUGCUGGAAGAUGAUGAGCUUCAUCUGUGUUUGGCGUGUAGGAACAUGAGCAAGGCAGAAGCUGUCCGUGCUGCUCUGCUGGCUUCUCACCCCACUGCCGAGGUCACCGUUGUCCAGGUGGAUGUCAGCAACCUGCAGUCUGUCUUCCAGGCCUCUAAGGAACUUAAGCAAAGGUUUCAGAGAUUAGACUAUAUAUAUCUAAAUGCUGGGAUCAUGCCUAAUCCACACCUAAAUAUCAAAGCACUUUUCUCUGGGCUCUUUUCAAGAAAUGUGAUUCAUAUGUUCUCCACAGCUGAAGGCCUGCUGACCCAGGAUGAUAAGAUCACUGCUGAUGGACUUCAGGAGGUGUUCGAGACCAAUGUCUUCGGCCAUUUUAUCCUGAUUCGGGAACUGGAGCCUCUCGUCUGUCACAGUGACAAUCCAUCUCAGCUCAUCUGGACAUCAUCUCGCAAUGCAAGGAAAUCUAAUUUCAGCCUCGAAGACUUCCAGCACAGCAAAGGCAAGGAACCCUACAGCUCUUCCAAAUAUGCCACUGACCUUCUCAGUGUGGCUUUGAACAGGAACUUCAACCAGCGGGGUCUCUAUUCCAGUGUGGUGUGUCCAGGUACAGCGUUGACCAAUUUGACGUAUGGAGUUGUGUCUCCCUUCAUAUGGAUGCUGUUUAUGCCAGCAAUAUUGCUGAUUCGCUUUUUUGCAAAUGCAUUCACUUUGACACCAUACAAUGGAACAGAAGCACUGGUAUGGCUUUUCCACCAAAAGCCUGAAUCUCUCAAUCCUCUGAUCAAAUAUCUGAGUGCCACCACUGGCUUUGGAAGAAAUUACAUCACAACCCAGAAGAUGGACCUGGAUGAAGAUACUGCUGAAAAAUUUUAUCAAAAGUUACUGGAACUGGAAAAGCAUGUUAGGGUCACUAUUCAAAAAACAUAACCAGGACAGGUUCGGUGGCUCAUGCCUGUAAUCCCAGCACUUGGGGAUGCCAAGGCAGAAGGAUCACUUGAGACCAGGAGUUCAAGAUCAGCUUGGGAAACAUAAUGAGACCCUGACUCUUCAAAAAGAAAUUCAAAAAUUAGCUGGGUGUGCUGGCAUGUGCCUGUAGCUCCACCUACUCAGGAGGAUGAGGUGGGAGGAUCUCUUGAGGCUGGGAGGUGGAGUUUGCAGUAAGCUGAGAUUGUGCCACUGCACUACAGUUUGGGUCAUGGCAAGACCCUGUCUCAAAAAAAUACGUGUAUAUAAUCAGAACUGACAGCGACGCUCUCUGGAACAUUGUGUACCUUCUGUACAUUCUGGGGCACGUGGGUUUCUAUCAAGUUGGAUAAUGUGCAUUUGUAAUAAAUUAUGAACUGUC